CCUGUGGAGGCAACAGAUGAUGCCUUUUGGGACCAGUUCUGGGCAGACACAGCCACGUCAGUGCAGGAUGUCUUUGCCCUUGUGCCAGCUGCAGAGAUCCGAGCAGUGAGGGAAGAAUCGCCUUCAAACUUGGCGACUUUGUGUUAUAAGGCUGUGGAAAAGCUGGUGCAGGGAGCAGAGAGUGGCUGCCACACAGAGAAGGAGAGGCAAAUCGUCUUGAACUGCUGCCGGCUCCUCACCCGUAUCCUGCCUUACAUCUUUGAGGACCCAGACUGGAGAGGUUUCUUCUGGUCAACUGUCCCUGGGGCUGGACGUGGAGGGGGAGAUGAAGAUGAUGAGAACGCCCGGCCGCUGGCCGAGUCGUUGCUCCUUGCUGUUGCAGAUCUGCUCUUCUGUCCAGACUUCACUGUGCAGAGCCACCGGAGGAGCACGGUGGACACAGCAGAAGAUAUCCACUCCAUUGACAGCUGUGAGUACAUCUGGGAGGCAGGAGUGGGCUUUGCUCAUUCUCCACAGCCUAACUACAUCCAUGACUUGAAUAGGACAGAGCUGCUUAAGCUGCUGCUGACCUGUUUCUCUGAGGCCAUGUAUCUGCCUCCCUCCUCAGACAGCAGCAACACCAAUCCCUGGGUGCAGUUCUUCUGCUCUACGGAGAACAGACACGCACUCCCACUCUUCACCUCUCUCCUGAACGUGGUGUGUGCCUACGACCCGGUGGGCUAUGGGAUCCCCUACAACCACCUGCUCUUCUCCGACUACCGCGAGCCCCUGGUGGAGGAGGCGGCCCAGGUCCUGAUUGUCACUCUGGACUACGACAGCUCCACCAGUGCAAGUCCCACCGUGGAUGGCACGACCACUGGCACGGCCAUGGAUGACGUGGAUCCUCCAGGACCAGACAAUCUGUUUGUGAAUUACCUCUCAAGAAUACACCGAGAGGAGGAUUUCCAGUUCAUCCUGAAAGGAGUGGCCCGCUUGUUAUCAAACCCGCUGGUCCAGACCUACCUGCCAAACUCUGCCAAGAAGAUUCAGUUCCAUCAGGAACUCCUUGUUCUUUUCUGGAAACUCUGUGACUUCAACAAGAAAUUCCUCUUCUUUGUGCUAAAGAGCAGCGAUGUUCUGGACAUCCUUGUCCCAAUCUUGUAUUUUCUCAAUGAUGCCAGAGCAGACCAGUCACGAGUGGGCUUGAUGCACAUUGGGGUGUUUAUCCUCCUGCUCCUCAGUGGGGAGCGUAACUUCGGGGUGCGACUGAACAAGCCGUACUCUGUACGAGUGCCUAUGGACAUCCCUGUCUUCACAGGGACACAUGCAGAUCUGCUCAUCAUAGUCUUUCACAAGAUCAUAACCAGCGGGCAUCAGCGGCUGGACCUGCUGCAGCCUAUCUUUGACUGCCUGCUCACCAUCGUUGUGAAUGUGUCUCCAUACCUGAAGUCUCUCUCCAUGGUAGCUGCUAACAAGUUACUGCAUCUCCUGGAGGCUUUUUCCACCACCUGGUUCCUGUUCUCUGCUGUCCAGAACCACCAUCUCGUUUUCUUCUUGCUGGAAGUUUUCAACAACAUCAUUCAGUACCAGUUUGAUGGGAACUCAAACUUGGUCUACGCUGUGAUCCGCAAGCGGAACGUGUUCCACCAGCUGGCCAACUUGCCCACGGACUCCCAGUCCAUCCAGAAGGGUCUGCAGCGCAAGAAGAGAACUCCCGAGCCCAUCUCCCGCACCAACUCCCAGGACGGGGUCUCCAUGGAAGGGUCACGUCCUGCUGCCCCAGGUUUGGUGGCUACUCCAGGAAUUGACAAGCUCACAGAGAAGUCACAGGUGUCAGAGGAUGGGACCAUGCGUUCGCUGGAGCCCGAGUCUUCACAGCCUCCUGCAGAGGGAAACCUGCCCUCGGCCGCGAGCGACGGGGAGCCCUGGGGCGGGGGAGCAUCACAACCCCGCCGGGACCGAAGGCGUCUCUCUAGUGCAUCCUACAGCGGACAGUGGACCCCAACUCCUGACUGGGUGAUGUCCUGGAAGUCAAAGCUUCCCCUGCAGACAAUCAUGCGGCUUUUACAGGUGCUGGUUCCUCAGGUGGAGAAGAUCUGCAUAGACAAGGGUCUCACUGAUGAGUCGGAGAUCCUCAAGUUCUUGCAGCAUGGCACGCUGGUGGGGCUGCUGCCUGUCCCUCACCCCAUCCUCAUUCGCAAGUACCAGGCUAACUCGGGCACUGCCAUGUGGUUCCGGACCUACAUGUGGGGAGUUAUUUAUUUGAGGAAUGUGGAUCCCCCUAUCUGGUAUGACACAGAUGUGAAGCUGUUUGAAAUUCAACGGGUCUAAGAGAGCACUUACCUCUACUAAGAGAAAGACACUGGAUCUAAGGACUGCUGUGUGCUGCUUCCUCACAGCUAUUCCUGCGUUUCACAUCCAGCUGAGAGACCAAAAGGACAAUCACUUCAUUUACCUCCCUGUCAUUUAAAGCUUUAAUUGGGACCUGCUUGGACAUCCCUCCCCCCAGCUCACUGCUUUUCCCUCACCCUUCACGGUGAACCUUGAGUGACAGACGUCUAUGGGAUUGUCCAUUGUAGUGGUUGCACUAGAAAUCUGAUUGUUCUUAGCUCUUCUGUUACUCUUUUGCUCCUGGAUGUGGUUUGGAAACGAACCUGACCCUGUCCUUGCCCUGGUCAGAGUCAGCACUUAAUUGAAAAAGACUAGCUGUAAAUUGGGUGCAAGGGAGAAGCUGCUAUUCCUGCAGGAGGUGGGGUUUGGAAACUGCAGUUGCUUUCACGUGGCUCCAUAGAGUUUCCAGGGCAUCCCUUCUGGCUGCAGGUGUCUCCCUGGUGUCUCAGUUCCAUAUUGGUAGGGAAGUGUUUUCUCAUCCAGAUGAAAGGAGAAACUGAUGAAGGAAAACUGUGUCUCAGUUCUGAAUCUCUCUACUCCUUUCCUGGAGAGGUGCUUAUAGAAGUUUUCUAGCAGCUGGUGCUUUGGUGUGGCAUGAGAAGUUUUCCCUCAGCUUCCAGGCCCAGCCUGUCCUUCACGGUGGGCUGUUGCA